CGCGUAACUUGACGACGCUCUGUCAUCUGACUCUUCCUGUUGGGAGAGAAAAAAGUUUUGAAACCCCACCCUCUCCACUGACCGUAAGCGCAGACGUAGAAGUGGUUCGAGAACCUGGCGAGUGAGCUCUGCCCGAGGAAGACAAGUGUGAUAUGAAGUUAUGAUGGAGUUGUUCCGCUCUUUGGAUACCGACUGUAAGAACGGGGGACUCGAGACGGACCAGGCCACGCGCUGAACUCCCACCAGGAACUAACGGGAUUUGUUUUUACUGCGUUUCUCUGAGGAAAGUAGAGCCGAGCAGGUUUGGAGAGCUCUUCCUGUUACAAAGUCAGCGGUCCCCAAGUUUGCUUUAUGUUAUGGUAAAGGCUGGCUAUUUGUGUGCUUCCCAUAAGACCGUGAGCAUGGAUACUUUGGCGCAAUGGGAUGCGGGAUUUCCUGCGGAAGUGCCGCAAAGUUGCGGUGAGACGCCGUUAUUGGAGUUUUGGGCUUAAUGCGGACUGGACAGCGCUGAAACUUGUCGUAAAACACUGGUUGGCUGGACUGAAUGCUCCUUUCCUGCUAUUCUUCUCCGCUUCUCAGCGCUUCCUGCUUGUGGUGGCCACUGCACUUAAUGGCUAAAAAUACAUAAAAACUUAAAAUGGACAGUUAAGUGUGGUGGGAACCUUUAUUACCAGUUGCAAUAGCAGUACCUGGGAGUGUUUCACAGUAAGCUGAGUAGUUUUUAUUCGUGUUCUUAAACUUUCCCUCUCUAAAAAAAAACAAAACAAAGUCAGGACUCAACAGGUGGCAGUUUUGAAUGAGGGGGAAGAAGAGCUAAAUUAGCCAUAAUGAGGUGAUUCGAGAGGCUCUUAAAUACAGGCCGGUGAAAUGAUAUUGUGCUUAAACCAUGUGUUGGAAAACCACACACCACAUCACUUGAACAGAGAGAAUUUCAGUGGAAGCAGUGCUGUCUUUCUGAGCUUUGAAACACUUAGCCUUAAUCAAACAAAAGAAAUCUCUAGUGAUUCAUCCGAUGGAGAGACGAGUUUAAUGCGGUGAUGAAUAAAAGACACUUGCGCUUCUGUUGUCUUUGACUCCUCUCCUCUAGCCCACUUGUUGGUCCAACUUUUGAACACAUUUCAUUAGUCCCUGAUGAGCCAACAAGAAAGACAGGAAAGGGAGCGAGGCGCAAUAAAGUACUCCUUUGUACUUUAUUUUCAAACCCUUGGGGUGCUAAAUCAGAUCCAGUCAAAACAUCUGCUUGAGGCUCCAUGGAGCCACUGAAGAAUAUAUUCAGCCGUGGCCCGCUGUCCAACUGGAAAAAUUUGGAACAAUCGCAAAAAGGGAACUUCACCAACCCUGUGUGGACAGCCUUAUUUGACUAUGAGGCAUCCUGUAAAGAUGAGCUCACCUUACGUAAAGGCGAUCUGGUGGAAGUCCUCUCUCUGGACUCGGAGAUAUCAGGGGAUGAGGGCUGGUGGGCGGGAAAGGUCAACAACAAGGUGGGUAUCUUCCCAUCCAACUACGGUUCCUUCAAGCCGAGUGGAUAUGGAAAACUUCCGGGCAGUGCUGUGGUGGAUGAGCUUGCUCCGGCUGUGGUGGGUGAGUUUGAACCAGAAGAGGUAGAUUUCCGGGAGUUGAGCCUGGAGGAGGUCAUCGGGGUUGGGGGAUUUGGAAAAGUGUAUCGUGGUACAUGGAGAGGAGCGCUGGUGGCGGUGAAGGCCGCCCGCCAAGAUCCGGACGAGGACAUCAGCGUGACAGCGCAGAACGUGAGGCAGGAGGCCCGUCUGUUCUCCAUGCUCACCCACCCCAACAUCAUCGCCCUGAAGGGCGUGUGCCUGCAGGAGCCCAACCUGUGUCUCAUCAUGGAGUACGCCUCAGGUGGGCCGCUGAGCCGUGCUCUGGCAGGCCGUCGAAUACCACCGCACGUCCUGGUCAACUGGGCUGUGCAGAUAGCCAGAGGGAUGUUGUAUCUGCACAGUGAAGCCAUCGUCCCUGUCAUCCACCGGGAUCUCAAGUCCAACAACAUUCUUCUGGCUGAGCCCAUAGAAAAUGAAUGUAUGGAGGGGUUGACGUUGAAGAUUACAGACUUUGGCCUGGCAAGAGAAUGGCACAAGACCACAAAGAUGAGCACCGCUGGCACCUAUGCCUGGAUGGCCCCGGAAGUCAUCAAGUCCUCCACGUUCUCCAAAGGCAGUGAUGUCUGGAGCUAUGGUGUUCUGCUGUGGGAGCUGCUAACAGGAGAGGCACCCUACAGAGGGAUCGAUGGACUCGCUGUCGCCUAUGGAGUUGCCGUCAACAAGCUCACCCUGCCCAUCCCUUCCACGUGCCCCGAACCUUUUGCGCAGCUCAUGUCAGAGUGCUGGGACCAGGACCCCCAUCGCAGACCCAAUUUCAGUUCCAUCCUGGCCCAGCUGAUGGCCUUGGAGCAGCAGGUGAAGGAAGAGAUGCCGCAGGAUUCGUUCCACUCCUUGCAGGAGGACUGGAAACUGGAGAUCCAGGACAUGUUUGAUGAACUCCGGGCUAAAGAGAAGGAGCUGCGAUGCCGUGAAGAGGAGCUAAAGCGAGCGGCUCUGGAGCAGAAAUCUCACGAAGAGUUCCUGCGGCAGCGUGAGCAACAGCUGGCCCAAUGGGAGCAGGAUGUCUUCGAGCGUGAGCUCAGCCUCCUCAUCCUCCACUUGAACCAGAACCAGGAGAAACCUAAUGUCAAGAAGAGGAAGGGCACCUUCAAAAAGCACAAACUGAAGUCCAAGAACGGCGAGAAGAUCAGCAUGCCCCAAGAUUUCAUCCAUAAAAUUACGGUGCAGGCAUCUCCAGGCCUGGAGAAGAGGCGGAACUCUCCCGAUUUGGGUUCGGGCUCCUCACCUUCCUUUGGUCCCCGGUUCCGUGCUAUCCAGCUUCCCAGUGACAACAGCAGAACGUUCGGUCUCAGCCCAGUCCGGCCCUCCCUGGAUACCUCUACUCAUAAACAAGUCAACGGAGACCUCAAGUUGAGCCCUCAUUGGAGGCCACAGAGCCCCAAAAGUCCCAAAAGUCCUAAAGUCCUGCGCCUUAGUCCCCAGGAAAGCAGCUUGUCGAUGAGAGCUAAGCUCCUGGAGGCAGACAGCAAUGAGAAUGGAGACUCCAAGGAUGACUUUGAGGAGUACCGACCCGUCACGCCAACCCCUACGCCUUCUCAGAAUGGCUCAUCGGUGAAGGAUAGCCCGUGGCUUCCUCUGUCUCAGGGAGACUCGGGCAGUGAGGAAGGAAGUUCUUCCCCAGCUAGCUCCCCAAGGCCUGAGAGGGGGCCUCUCGGUGGCCUGAUUAACAGCACCCACCGAGCCCUGCUGGGCAGCGGCUCCCUGCUUGCCUCGAUAGGACUUGGUCGCUGCCUGGAUAUUCCCCCAAGAGUGCCACCUCGAACUCACCCACCUUGCUUAGAGGGCCGCAGCCUCUCUGAACUUGAGAUUUCUCAUCCUAGGCCCCUCAUUUCAGACCCUCCAGUAGUGGACGAUCUCAUCACCUUCUCCACCUCGGAGCCGCUCCCCAGACCCCUGUUGGAUUUAGCGCUGCAAUACCAAGAACUAAAGCCUUUACCCCUGACACCUCCUCCACCAAACCCUCGCGAGAGGAGCAGCCACCGGACGCCACACAGUCCGCAGAGUCCCAGCGGUGCCCCCAUGCAGCACGACAGGACCAGCCCAGGGGAGUGGACCCCCACUUACAGUUCCAGUAACGGGGAGCUGAGCAGCGACUCCUGGGAACACAGAGCUGACAGGAGGAGGAGGUCCAGCCAAGGCCUGCACGCUUCUCAGCUAGUUUUAGACCUGCCCUUGUGCCAAGACACACAGGACUUUGAUGACAAGCCUCUCCACCCCAACCCUGCGCUCUGGAGCCCCAAAACACGCCGCCUGGAGGUCAGCGUCAUUCCUCGGCCCCGCCCAUCUCCCAUCCGCCCCCGCAUCGACCCUUGGAGCUUUAUCUCAGCAGGUGGUGGAAACUCAGGUGGUGGGCGCAGCACACACCGCUCAGAAAGCAACUUGCUGAGCUAUCAGCCGUCACCCACCAACCCCUUCACCAACUGUGACCCUUUCCCCUCUCCUGACUGCGAUCCCUUUGCCCUCAAGGCUGAUCCUUCAAGUGGUUCGGAUGGUGCCUCGCCCUUUGACCCCUUCUCAGCUCCCUUUCCCACAUCUCGUUCUGCCCCAUGUUCUGCCAACGGCUCUCCCACGCUGCCCUCGUUCCGUAUAGCACCCAUUAACUCAGCUGACUCGGCCCUUAUUGACUUUGGCUGUGGGGCCUGCAGCAAGCCUCUGGAUGGCACCAAAGAGAGGGCUCACCCCCGCAGGAUACUGGGGCUCAAGCCCUUCAAGUCCCCGACGCAACUCAAAGACGACAGGUUCUGAAUCCAGCCUUGCCCCAACAAGGGGCUUAUUGUCAUUGAUAGAUGUUAUGAGCCUGGAUUUGAUCGCAGGUCCAGGACCGUUUCCACUACUAUGUCCUACUUCGGAACAAGGAUUCGGAAUGUUAUAAAAAAAAAAAAAACAUGCACACUCAUGACUCAACCUACCAAGGGAGAUUUUCCCCUAUGGGAGCACCAAUCAUCACAGGUCUUAUUUAUACACCAGCCUGCUGCUUUGGAAACCAGAAAGCCAGUGAAAGGUGGUACAAUGAAUUGUGGGAUAGCUGCCUGUGAACCAAUAGCUGGUGCCCAUUUCAUUCUCUCUUUUUUCCUCUGUUUCUCUAUCCCUUUGAAGGAGCAGGAUACAGAUCACUAGUCCCAUCUUCAGAUUCUAUCAGACUGCUCAUAUCAACUGCUUUCAUCUCCCCUUACCUUUGAAGCAUUGGGACAAUGCAGAGGUGGAUAAGGCGACUUGCACAGCUUCAUCUGCCUCUACCUCUCUGCAGACUGAAAGCCUUCAGGACAAUGGAAAAUUGGAGUGCCUUAUUUCGUGAAGUGUUUUUAAUAUAUAUCUUUUCAAGGCUCUUUGAAUGGUUAAUCUGGUGCGUAGGGAAGAUGCUACGAAUCUGGCUUAAAUUUGCAAAUCAGCUUAGCAUUGCAGUGUAAGAAAAAUAUCGUCUGCAUGUAUGUCUAGACUCAUUGUUCAAGGAAAGCUUACCGUUUCUUUUUAAACUGCGUCUGCCUGUUGCAUUAUGGGAGAAAGCACUCUGAGUGGAUACUCUAGGCCGCUCGAGAAAUCCGAGAUGAAACCAUGACCCAGGCAUUCCACUUGGAAGCAGAUAACAUUCCAGUCACAUUCUCUGGGAAAUGCCAGGAAUUGGACAGAUUCAUUCAGGCUGGCAGGCGACACAGCACAGGAAACAAGACAGGGGUGCCCUCCGCAUUCCCUUCAUAUGCCAAAGAAUGCCACUGUGACUGUGUAAGUCCUGGGACGAAGGCUGUUUGCAAAUGCAUUGUUUUUACCUCCUUAAAGUGCCAGAACAGAACAACACAGAGCAAACUGACACAAUCACACAGAGUAUUUGAACAUAUGGUUCUCAGAUUUUGUUAGAAAUACUGUCUAAUCACCACCACCUAUAAGAGGUUCAACAAAGUACUUUAAAAGUGUUUUAAAGUACUUUACAAAAAAAAGUCUGCUUAAUUUGUAGGCGUUAUCAGUCUCACAACCCAGAACUCUGAGUUUCUUGAUGUACCAAAUUUUAAUGUCUGAGUAAAUAUGAGCCAGAUGCUUCAUUUUUCCCCCUCCCUAGAGAGUUACAUGAAACCAUUCUUAUUAUCAUUCAUUCGCAAAGCAGAUUGCUUAACAUGGAACAAUAUAAAAAAGUUAGUCCAAGGAAAACAUUCCAGAGAUCUGUGAAGGCCAUACAAAAGCAUUUUCUGUUUUAUUCCUCUGCAGUGACUUCUGGUCACUUAGUGGUGACCAGAAGUCACCAGCUGAUGACUUAAGAAGUCACUGCUCAUAUCCAAGAAAAUGUUACCCACAAAAGCACCUAUAAAAAUCACAACUUGGUGCUUUUCCAGUCAAAUUUCAUGCUGAUUGAGACUUAAAGUUCUACAUGGACUUGUUACCUUUGACGGGAGCAAUUUUGUUUUUGCUUAGUUUACCUGGCUUCAUGGAUUCUAUACUGAAAUGAAAGUGCUACUGAUGUUCUCAUCUAACUCUCCAGAAUGUCUGCUAAAGUUUCUUGAUCGGCAAUGUCCAAUAUUAUCUGCCUCAGCAUGUUUUUAGGCGUUGUGAGAACAGCAGCGUCCCUCCAAUUUAAUGGUUUUUGUUUUGGUAAAAAAAAAAAUAGGAAUACAGGGAGAACCUCACUGUACAGAUGUGGCAAUAUCAUGUUUUUAGCCUCAGCACACCAGAAUGCACUACAGCAUCUUCUCAUGGUUCAUUAUCAUUACUGAUCAUUCUACACCUAUCAGCCACAACAUUAAAGCCUCAGAGCGGGAAAGUGAAUAAGACUGACCAUAUUGUUAAAUGCCAUUUUCUGCUGGAAAAUGUGUGGAUUAUUUUUUGACACGUAUCACCUGCCUUAGCAUUGUUUCAGACCAAGAACCCCCUUUUCAAAAAGCCUAAGGCACUUAUUUGGUCUCCAAACUCAGAUCAAAACCUGCAUUAGCAGAAUGGACCACAACAAUCCUGAACAACCCCAAACAAGCCCCAAACGGUCCACUGCUAACUUCCCAGUGCAUGCAAAUGUGCAUGUUUCUGCAUGCACUCUUGAAAGCAAUCGAAAGCACUACCCAGUAUUAGUGGUUUUAAUGUUGUGGUAUAUAAGUGUAUAUGCUAAAUGUAACAUGUUCACACUUUCUCAGGGAUUAGUUUAUUUUCUAAAAUCAUCCUGAGGAAUGUAGUGGAGUGAGACAAGUUGUGGGAAAAUUGCAGCAACAAAAUAACUCCAGACUGCCAAUGCACAACAGCUUUUGAGGGUGUGUUUUUAUUUUUUUGUUUUUUUUAAAUUGACAGUCAGCUCAGGCACGGGUUAAACAUAACUUAACCAGUGCAGGUGAAGCACCUGAGAGACCCACCUACUCGUAGCACAAAAUCUGACCCUGUUAACGAUGGCUUUACUCUAACAUUUCAAGUACAAAUGCUGAUUCGCUUCAUCGCUGUCACCGUGUCAUUGGAGGACAAUAACAGCUUUGUUCUGUCGAAGAGUGAAAACCUUGUCUCCAAAGGGAAAAGCUUUGUGAUUAGCCUAAUAAUCCCACUGACGUACAGAGGAAGCCGAUAGUUAUAAUUAGCCUCUCGAUAAGAGCAGGGAGCAUAACAAAGCGCUGAGAUAUUUGGUUAAUUAAUUUGCCCUGAUAUUAGAAAAAUGCCCCGCAUAUCGAGUUGCGCCCCGCUCCGGCUUAUGUGUAGAUUUAAGCUGCGCCCUAUCACAUGCAUAAAGUUUCAAAGACAGGUUGAGCCGCCUUUUCUGUCUUCCGUUUCUUUGUCUCCCUGUUGCCACUGGCUACAGCUGCUGACCAGACUUCAUCUUUACUGUCAAAGCUCAAUUUUUUCUUUUUUCUUUUUUUUUUGCAUCUUAACCCCUGAGGUGAUUUGGGAGAUAGUUCUGCUCCUUUCAUUUUGUUCUGCCUUCACUCCUUUCGUAUCUGAAAAGUUUUUCUUGCGGGCAGUUUUGUCCUGACAGCGCAGAGCAUUCAGUUCAGUCACAGCCAGGUUUUCUAUGCGGCUAGAAGAGAUGGCAUUUGUUCUAGGACAGAGUCCAUUUGCAGGAGAGUGCUCAUUUUACCAAGGCAUUAUGGUUUGAAAUUGAAAGGUGUAUUGUCUUCUUCUUUGGCCCAAUUAUGUGUACAUGUGUCCUCUACUGGGCAUACCAGCUGUAGUCAGCUCGUAAAGAUCUCAUUUUUAAUUCUUCGAAGGACCUAGCUGCUACACGUGUGGGUGUCUUGUCCAAUUACAUCUGAUGGCAGAAGUUUUAGAUUGAGUGAACAGCCUGGUGUCACAGAGAGGGGUGAGAUGUGGCAAAAUGCAUAAGUGCACUUUUUUAACUUUUCUGCGAUUUGAAAUUAGAUGGAGGUAGUUGUAUCAGGAAUUUUAAAAAAGAAAAAAGGUAAAUAAGACCUAGUUCAGAACGCUGCCUACUGUCACGCCUCCGCACAUCUGGCAACUGCUGCGGAAAGUGGGCGUGAAUGUCAAAUUGUCUGAUUAGGAAAUAAAAAGAAAAUAGUUGUACAAACCCCUUGGAUUAUGAAUCGGUUAAGGAGGAUACGAGUGCUGUUAGACAAGGUGACAAGGCUUCUUUUAAAUCCUUGAGCCUGAUUUUAACGAGGCUGCAGUUUUUCAUGUAAAUGACUGUGUAGUUGGUAUGUACCUGGAGGGUUACAAAGUUCCACUGCAAUGAACACUCAAGUAAAAGUGAUUACAUACAGGCCACCACCAUUCCAAAUCUGACAGGUUUACCCAAGCAGUGUUUGAAAUCUUGCUUGUCUGAAGCUUGAUAUCAACCUGUGCUCCAAUUGAACAACUCACCUGCCAUCACCUGGACAUGGACAUGAGUAUAGAAAAUAGUUUAUCCUUCGGCAGCGUUCCCCACCUUUCUCCGCUCUCUUGUCCUCCCCACCGACAUUUUAAAGACAUGACAAGCGAUGAGUUAUUGCCUUGUCUGUUCACGUCAACACGCAAAGUCACGACAGCUAUCUUCUGAUAGUCAUUACACUUGGGUAACUGUUAUUGUCAACACAUGCUCUGUGAGCCCCCACACUAUAAAAAAAAAAGAAAGAAAAAGGUGAAGGAAAUCGAGAUGAUUGAAACGUCUGGCAGGUUAUUUCUGUCAUAAAUUGUCCGUGUGUGAAGUAUCCACUUCAACCUGCCAGUCAUGUCAUGUCUGCAUGUUCUCUUGGAGCCAGACUUUAAUUUUCUCUCAGCCCCGAUGAUGACAAGAACAAUUUGGCCUUCUCCAUCAAGUGUGUGUGUACAGUGACAUAAAAUAUUAUUUUCAAUAACUGCAGUCACUGUGCUUUACACAAAUGAUUACAUUAUUACCUGGGACACAAUGUUUUUACUCCUGCUCGUAAUUUCUCGAGGUGGUUAGAAGCCUUUCUGGCAAUGAAUUAUUUAGGCUGCGUAUGGAAUACUUAUACGCAGACAAAAUACUCCUACUUCAGUUUGUAAUGUGUAAUCUGAUAGAUGUACAGUCAGCUCGCUGAGGGGAUAAAAGGGACACAUUUUAGGAAGCCUUUUGUGGACAAAGACAUCCGAUUCUCGGUUUUGGCUGUCAGAUUUAGAAACCAGAGCUGCCAUUUAUCUGCUGGAGCUGACAGCCAGCACUUCAAUACUAAAGUCUUGAUGAGUUGAUUGUGAUGCUCUGCGCUUUCAGGCAUCGCCCCAUCCGUCAUUGCAAAUCACUGCCCCGAGUACAAACUGACAGGGAGAAAGGAACUGAAAUCUCUAAAGGCAAGCCCUAUAUCUGGCCACCAGUGAGCUGCUUUGAGCCGCUCGGUGGCAGGGAGCAGACGAGAUUCUGUGAUCUUCAUUCAGAGUUCAAGCUCAGACCAUUACCCCUAAUCAUUGAAUGGCAACUGGUUAUUACAUGAAUGAAAUCUAAUGAGAUGGCAGCAUGGAGAACCCCUAAGGCCCUGACCCUCAUCAAGCCAAGAGGCCACUUGUGAGUGGUGGUAUUGUUUUAAAAUUUUAAAGGUGAAAAAUCAGAGCCAUUAUCCAGAUUAAAAAAAGAAAACAAAACCCUUUGUGAAAGAGGAACAGUAGAAUGUGCUGUGUAAUGUUUGUUCAGGUUACACUUACACUCACAGGUUUAAUUUGGCUGCUUUGUGAGCAGCAGAUGUGUUUACAUGCAUACUUAUUAUCUGAUUUACCUUGAUUAAACCAUUGAUUCGGCUGUAGCAGUAAUCAUGCAAAGACUUCCAUGGGACUAAUGCUAUUCAGGGAGACCGAGACACCUGUAAUAGCUUUAUAAAUAAUUGUGCCAGGUGCUUAUGAACCUACUAUAUUUGUCAUCUUUAAGGCGAAAUUAGGAAACUAGAAAAUCCCUAAAUUGGUUAUGGUCAAAUAUAUUGUGCAAGAGGUUAUAAAGUAAAAAAGUAAACCCACAAAAAAGCACUUGAUAAAAUGAUCUGGCAAAACUAAACAUAUAGCAGAAAUCAUAACUAAAUAACAGAAGUGAUUAAACUCAAGUUUGAAAAGAAAUAAAAGAGCUUUUUUGUGUUUGUUGUCACGCUCCUGCUCAGCUGGGAAAAAACAAAAAGCUGCCAACAAGGCAAAAACAUCAUUUAUCUGCUGAAAUUAUUCAUUUCUGAAUUUAAAUUAUUUGACUUUUUAAUUUUCAAUAGUUUUAUCUUCAUGUUCAGUCUUCAUUUUGAUAAGACUGAGCCUAGCUAGGUGGAACCUGAUAACACAGAUGGUUAAACGAACUAAAUAGCAGCCUAUUUAGCCGUCAAUAGCUACAUAGCUAAUGCUAACCUUUAGCAUGAAAGCAAAUCCCCCAAGCAGUCUGUAGAAUAAACUCUCUUUUUUGGUCACUCUUUAGGACAUAUUAGCUGAUAUUGUCUUUACUUGUGUUCCUCCUUUCUGUCUUUUUAUACCUAGUGUGUGACAGUGACAGCAUAGUGCCGGCUAAUGGUGGGGAAACGCGGAGUGUUAUUAAUGCACUUUGUUCUAGUUAAAGUAAGAAAGCUAAAUGGGGAAUAUGGGAGCUUUGUUUUGUUUUUGGUUUUUCUGGCAUGAAAAAGAAACUCUGAAUGUGAGUCUGAAUGCUUGAAUUGAAAUGAUUACUUACAGUGGCAGAGAACACUGUUCGACUUGAAGAAAGUCAGGAAGUCCAGUGAAGAAUUGACUGUUUCUUAAAUUGCUGCAGCUCCAGUUAAAGCAUGUUUUCUCUCCUUCAUGGUUACCAGGCAAAUUGGAGAAUGGUUCAAUAAGGCUGGAUGGAAAAAACUAAGGCUGAACGUGUGUUGUAUUUGCUUUAUUGAUGAAAUUUUACCUUGGCAGGUCAGUGGAGCACAUUCUGAAACAACAAAAUAGAUGGCCUGCCAUUUCAGUGGCUUUCACUCCAUUUACCUUUGCUGCUUUUGCUUGUUUGUGUUCAAUUAAGUGGAUGUUACAAAUAUACCCGGUUUUCACCCUUGUUUAGUUGUCCCCCAGCUAGCUGUCAGUGACAGACACGCAUUAUUGCUCGAUCUGGCUCGUAUUAAACCGAAACACCUGCCCGGGCCUUUGUUCGGCCUUAAUAGGCCGAGACAGAAUGAUCAAAUAUGACCUUUCAUCGACUGUACUGGUAUGGCACAUCCCAAUAGGGAUGGGGACAAAAGCUGUGUCUGUGACAGGCGCCGCCAGGUGUGUAAGCUAACGCUCAGGCUCUGAAACUGUGAAUAUUAUUCCUAAUUCUUUUUAGCCUGUGCAUCCAAGGUCACCAUCUGCUGUCCCUUUUUCAGUAACAACAAAAAGCCAGUGAAUAGAAGAAAUGAAAGAAAGACCAGUUCACGUUCAAGACCUCAGUGAUGGCUCCCGGAGAAAGCUGCUCCUCAGUGCAGAAAAUAAACACUGACUUUAACUAUGAGGUUAUAAAGUCCAAGGCCCACAUACUCAUGCCUUCCCUCCACUCGACCGCAUACAACAGCCCUGCGGUUGUGAUUAUUGUUCUGUCUUGCUAUUGACACACAAUUACCUCGUGAUCUUCCUCAGACAGGAGCCGCGCAACCUGUAAAUUAUGUUUCUGUGCUGCGUGUGAGUUGGUUAAGUAAACAGCCCCUCCUAAAUAUAGAAAGUGUGAAUUGAUUUAUGGCCUUCUCUGUAACAUUUGCUGAUAUUUUGGGGAUCUUUCUCAGUCAUAUGAUCAUUUACUGUAUAUCUGGAUUCAUGGGGUAGUCUUACAGGCAUAAUCAGAGACUAAUUUUUCUUAGUUUUAUACACAUGCAUUAUGUAUAUUACAUUUAGACUACAAAAUUGACAUUUCAUUCAUUUUAAGAUGUAAAAACAAACCUAUUUGAAAUGAAGUCAACUGUUGUGUUAAUCUUAGAUGUCACCUUUUCCCCAUAAUGCAUUAAUUAAGGACAGCUAAGCAUAAAUCAUUUUAAGAUGAACAGUAGCGUGAAUGUUAACGGUGAGCUAGCUAGCACUAGCUAUUGGUGAUAUCAACUGAUGGGUCGGGUCUGUUCCAAUGAACUGAUUAUGCUCAUGGAUGUUUGCAGCUUUAGCAGAGCACUGACACAUUUAGUGACAAAGACGUCUUCAUUUUUAAAUAAAUCGAUAUUAACGGAUAUAUAGGUGACUAAACUGGCGGGGCUUAACCUGAUUAACGUCUCCUUAGACAGAUAUAAGACGGUAAAGUAUUUUACUGAGGCUCGAGGGUAUUUAACAGUAGGUGGUCUCUUUCAGGUGCUCAUGGUUGGGCUUAAAUGGCUGAACUCUAAACGAUCCAGAGAGGCAAUUUGAAACGGUUUGGAUGGUACAAAUCCCCAUGACUCAGUGGUCAAAUCUCUCCCACUCAAAGCUUCACAGUACUGUGAAAAAGACUUUGCAUUCUGACAGCUUCCUGCCAGCCAGCUGAAGACAUUGACAAAAUUUAUAUAUAUAUAUAUAUAUCUAGGGGUUAAUGUGGAUAUUUAUAAAUGGCCAUCUUUUUACACACUGGAUUAAAACUAUUUCUCUCUCAAGAUGGUCAUGGACACAGUCCACGUUAGGAUGAUGGAUUGAUUGCUUCAUAUGAACAAAGCAUUUUCUAGGUUUUCACUGGAGUAUUUAAGAUGUAUGGGUGCUUCACAUGAGACAGAUCAAUGUCACGUUCCAGUUCACCAAGUUGGCCAAAUCUGCACGAAACUGAUUUUUCUGCAAGCCCUAGUACUUUGUCUGUGUUACUGAAAAGCCUGAGAAAUGUGCCUGUUAGAGCUCGAUUUCCAUUUCCUUAUGUACAUUGCAGCAAAAUCUUACACUUAAAUUGCAGCCGAAUGUCCCCUUGGGGCACCCAUACUGAAUUUUUAUGUGCAUAAAACUGCUAGAUGGAGAGGAAGUGUUUGUAAGUACCUUAAGGUAGCAGACAAGCUCAACCACCUCUCUGCCUUUGUAUCUAUUUGCUAUUUUUGUAAUUGUUCCAGAUUCAUUUCCAUGUCUAUUGUGUGUUUUAUUACAACCUAGGCGAUGUGAUAACACAACUGUUGCAUUGCCCUGGCAGUCAUUUUUACAUCUCUCUCAAAACUGUCUGUGCUCCUGCGAGUUAGAGGUUUUGCAGUCCUUGGGCUUUGAAAAUUCAUUCUUGUUGCAUUUUUGUGAAAUCUCGCACUGGGCUGGGCCUAAUCAACUGUUUUUAUUGUGCACAAGAGGAUUAUUUCUGUAUACAGUUAUGUGAAAAUGUUUUUAUUUCUCUUGACUAUUAAAAUGGGUUUUAACCUGUGGAGAAAAACAAAGGAAAAAAAGCUCAAAAAGACAUAAGACCAAAUAAAAUGUAACACUCCUGA